UUGGCAUCUUAAGGUGCUCUGCUUCUGCACUUUCCACCUUCCCAUAUAGAGUUACAAAGAGGACUCUUCGUUCUCUCUCUCUCUCUCUCUCUCUUGCAUAGUUGAAGUAAGAACCCUAAUUUUACAGAGCCAAAAAAUGGGAAGAGCUCCUUGUUGUUCUAAAGUAGGGUUGCACAAAGGUCCAUGGACUCCUAAAGAAGAUGCAUUGCUUACAAAGUAUAUCCAAGCUCAUGGAGAAGGCCAAUGGAAAUCACUACCCAAAAAAGCUGGGCUUCUUAGAUGUGGGAAAAGUUGCAGAUUGAGAUGGAUGAAUUAUCUGAGACCUGAUAUAAAGAGAGGAAACAUAACCCCAGAAGAAGAUGAUCUUAUAAUCAGAAUGCAUUCACUUUUGGGGAAUAGAUGGUCCCUCAUAGCAGGAAGAUUACCAGGAAGAACAGACAAUGAAAUAAAGAACUAUUGGAAUACCCAUCUCUGCAAAAAGCUGAAAAAUCAAACAGGAGAAGAUACUGAGACACCCAAUUCCUUGGAGAGUCCUCAGGAAGAACCUGCAAGUGGCAGCAAAAAGAAGAAGAACGGUGGCAAAAAGAAGAACAAGCAGAAGAACAAAGGAGACAAAGAUAAUGCAGAGCCACCAAAGACACAAGUUUACCUACCAAAACCAAUCAGAGUGAAAGCUUUGUAUUUGCCAAGAACAGAUAGUAAUAACACAUACACCUUUGAUUCCAACUCAGCAAGUGCAUCAACAAACCAAGAAAAGGAAGAAAGCCCCUUGACAAAAGAAUCAAACUUGGCUAGUGAAUUUGGAAAUGUGGGAGAAAGUGAUGAUUUUGGCUUCUUCAGUGAGGACCAUGACUUGGUCAAUGCCUCUGAUAUGGAAUGCCACUCUUACUUUCCUUCAGAUCAUGGCUCUCUGCAACAACUCUACGAAGAAUAUUACCACCUUCUCAACAUGGAUCAUAGCCAAUUCAUCGAAAUGAGUUCAUUUGGAGAAUCUUUAUUGGUGUGAAACAGUGUCAACAAAGAUCAAUUCACUUGAUAAAGAUGAGACUCAUCUCUCAUCUUACUCGUACAUGAGAUACAAUUUCACUGUUCAUGUGAAUGUGAAAACUUUGUUGGUAAAUAAUUUGUAAGUAAUUCUGUGACUGUGUUUACUGAGUCUUGAGAAACUUUGACUAUGAUGAAUCUGCAACACUCGUCACAGUUAAACAUUUUUAGGAGAAAGAUAUAAUAUUUAUAUAUAUUAGUUAUCAAGAAUAAUGCUGAGCAUAUUGAUCAA